UUACACACACAACACACACCAUCCCUUCAAAUGGCACCAAAGAACAAUCAGAACAAGCCUCCAUUACCCACUUUUGCUGCUUCUUCUACUUCAAGCUCCCCUAAUAGCAAGUAUAUUGUGGAUGAGGUGUCUGUAGAAAAGAAGAGGAAGAUCGCAAAUACAAAAAUGCCGCCGGCCACCAUCAGUACGAGAGCAAACCGGCAGGCACUGAUGGAGCGAAAUGGGGGUGGAGAUCUACCGCCGUCUAGUGGUCCACCGAGCACUGCUGGCUCAGAUUGUGGUGUUGUUGAGUUCACUAAAGAGAGUGUUGAAGCAUUGGUUAACGAGAGGUUGAAAGUUAAGAAUAAGUUUAACUACAAGGAAAAAUGUGAUCAAAUGUCGGACUUUAUUAAAAGGCUUAAGGAAUGUAUCAAGUGGUUCCAACAGCUUGAAAAGGAACAUGUCUCAGAGCAGGAGAAGUUGAAGGAUUUGUUGGAAGCUGCUGAGAAGAAAUGCAAUGAAAUGGAGAUGCUAAUGAAGGCAAAGGAAGAACAAUUGAACUCAAUAAUCAUGGAAUUAAGGAGAAAUUACGAGGCAUCACAAGAGAAGUACGCAAAGGAGCAAGCUGAUAAAUUGGAAGCUCUGGAUUCUUUUACCCGAGAGAAAGAGGCCAGAGUAGCCGCAGAGAGACUACAGUCUUCUCUUUCAGAAGACCUUAAGAGAGCUCAACAGGAUAUUGCGAGUUCUAAUCAGAAGAUACAGUCAUUGAAUGAAAUGUACAAGCGUUUGCAAGAGUAUAACACCAGUUUGCAGCAAUACAACAGUAAACUUCAGUCAGAGCUUGCUUCAACCAAUGAGAUGCUAAAGCGUGUAGAAACAGAAAAAGCUGCUGUAGUGGAAAAUCUGAGCACUUUGAGGGGUCAGAAGACUUCUUUGCAGGAGCAGCUUGCUGCUUACAGAACUUCUCAAGAAGAAGCAGUGAGACAGAAGGAAGCUUUGGCAAAUGAGGUGGGAUGCCUUCGGAAUGAUAUGCAACAAGUGAGAGAUGAUCGUGACCGCCAAUUAUUACAGGUCCAGUCCUUGACAGCAGAAUUAGCAAAAUGCCAGGAAUUUGUUGGUCAAUCCUCUGCCAAUGUGGAUACUCUGACUGUGAAGUCAAAUGAGCUGGAGGAGAGAUGUUCAUCUCAAAGUGAACAUAUUAGAAGAUUGCAGGAACAACUGGCUUUUGCUGAGAAGAAAUUGAUGAUGUCUGACAUAUCUGCAAUGGAAACAAGAUCAGAAUUUGAAGAGCAAAAGAUAUUGAUCUUGGAGUUACAAAAUCGUCUUUCUGAUGCUGAGAUGAAAAUUGUGGAAGGAGAAAAACUACGUAAAAAGUUACAUAACACUAUAUUGGAAUUAAAGGGUAACAUUCGGGUAUUCUGUAGAGUGCGGCCUUUGUUGUCUGAUGAUGCUGGUAACCCCGAAAUGAAAGUCAUCUCUUUUCCCACUGCUAUGGAAUCACUUGGACGAGGCAUUGAUUUGAGCCAGAAUGGGCAAAAGCAUUCUUUUACUUUCGACAAAGUUUUCAUGCCUGAUGCAUCACAAGAAGAUGUUUUCGUUGAAAUAUCACAACUAGUACAGAGUGCUCUGGAUGGUUAUAAGGUCUGUAUCUUUGCGUAUGGUCAGACUGGCUCUGGUAAGACAUACACGAUGAUGGGUAAGACGGGAAAUCCAGAUCAGAAAGGGUUGAUACCAAGAACAUUAGAGCAGGUAUUUGAGACGAAGCAAACUCUUCAAUGCCAAGGAUGGAGAUAUGAAAUGCAGGUAUCAAUGCUUGAAAUAUACAAUGAAACGAUCCGUGAUCUGUUAUCUUCAAGGACAGAUAAUGGAGGAAAGCAAUAUACCAUCAAGCAUGAUGCAAAUGGAAAUACUCAUGUCUCUGAUCUAACAAUAGUAGAUGUUUGCAGCAGUAGGGAGGUUUCUUAUCUUUUGGAGCACGCAGCUCAAAGCAGGUCUGUAGGGAAGACCCAGAUGAAUGAACAGUCUUCGAGAAGCCAUUUUGUCUUUACUUUGAGAAUUCUUGGUGUUAAUGAGAGCACUGAACAGCAAGUACAGGGGGUCCUGAACCUAAUUGAUCUUGCUGGUAGUGAGAGACUUUCUAAAAGUGGGUCUACAGGGGAUCGCCUGAAAGAAACUCAAGCCAUAAAUAAAAGCUUGUCGUCUUUAAGUGACGUUAUAUUUGCUUUGGCAAAGAAGGAGGAGCACGUACCAUUUAGGAACUCAAAACUCACGUACCUUCUUCAGCCUUGUUUAGGUGGGGACUCGAAGACUUUGAUGUUUGUUAAUAUUUCUCCAGAUCCUACGUCAACAGGGGAAUCUCUUUGUUCCCUUAGGUUCGCAGCACGGGUUAAUGCUUGUGAAAUUGGGAUCCCGAGGCGUCAAACCAGCAUGCGAAGUAUAGAUUCUCGCUUGAGCAUUGGCUAAUUAUGGAUAAUAAUUCUUAUAAUUUUGUUUUAGCAAAUGUUUUAUCUGUACCUGUACCUCUGCUUGGUAUGUGAUUUGCGGUUUAACCAAGAAUUCGACACACUUCUAACAGCAGUUUCCCUGUAAUUUGUAUAGUGGAAGUCACUGGCGUUUGUAUUCUGUACUCACCCUUUAGUCAUUGAAUUUGUACCGUACCUACAAUAUAUCUCAUAUAUUGAUUGUUAGAUA